AUGAUUAUCAUUACGUUUUUACCUUUAAUGGAUUGUAGUGAGGAAAAUAAAUCUGAGCCAGCGUUAAAUGGAACAGGAAAUAUUCCCAUAAGUUUGGUGGAGUAUCUAACUACAAAGUACGACAAGACAGUCAGGCCAAAUGCUACAUCAGGUGAUUACUCAGUGACAAAGUCACUCUAUUAUGAGGACACAUUUUACUUGAUAAAGAACUUGAUAAGCUACAGUAAAAUUCACAUUUGAAAAUGGAAAAACACGGACAAAUCCCUUUUCACACAAUGUUGUAUCACAAACUAGUGUAUGCUACGUUUUAAGAUUAAUUGUAUUUUGCCGGGUUACUACAUAAGAGGAUGAAGCUCAACCUUUCCUGUUACUCUAUCUUUGAAGGGGAAAAGGGGAAGUGAGGGUGGGAGGGGGGAGGGGAGACGGAGUGAUUGGGGAAGGAGGAAUGGUUAAGGAGGGUGGGGGGAAAGGAAUGAGGGGGGGAAAUGGGGAAGGGAGAGUGUGGGGGGUGGGGAAGGGAGAAGGGGGAAAGGGGAACCCCUCCCCGAUAAGCUGGUUUUACUAUUUUGGCCUAAAAAGGAAAUGAAUGUGGUCAAUUGACUAAGAGCUCAGGCGAUGGGCUGUUGUAUAAAUGUCAUUUCCAAGAAAUGUCUUGGAAAUGAAUAAGGUGAGCCUGGAUAUUUCCACAUCGUGAACUUCAUCAGAGAAUGAAAAGAUGGUGUUAAAUAAGAAGAGUGUACGACGCUUCGAGUGCUGUUCCCUUUGAUUCAGAACCAUUCGCUUUGUUUAUUUCUUGUAAUCAUUUGACAGAUCUCCCAGUAUGUAAAAUGAAAUAAUAAAUCAAAACAAUAUUGUUUUACAAGCAAUUUAUUAUUUGUAGGUAAACCUACUGAGGUUUUCUUAGAUAUUUAUGUGGAGUCGUUUGGAAACAUAAAAGAAGUAAACAUGGUAAGAUCAUUAUUCAACAAUUAUCCUUAAAAUUGGAGUUAAUUUUUUUUCCUCAAACCACUAAACAAUGCUAAGGUUUGACUUUAUAUUAAAUGUGCUUUUUGUUUGUUUUUUUCACGUUCCAUGAGCCGCAGGUUUAGUCGAGCCCUCUUGAGGGGAAUGGCGCCAAGUUUAAAUUAAAAGUGAAAAACCGAACACAACAUUUAUUAUCCUUCUUCAUCACGCCGUUCGUUAAAACACUCUUUCGUCAUUGGUGAUGGCAACAUUAAUAUUGAACCUGCUCGACGCUCCACCUCUCCACGACUAUUAUCAGUUAUCACCUGUGGGGGGGGGGGAAGGGGGGAGUUCGGCAGAAUUUGGUUGUGUCACUGUAAAAUUUACCCAAUUCCCUCGUAAGGUUCUGUAAUAUUCUAACGAUCCCUCCCUCCUUAUUGGCAGUGGAAACCAUGUGGCCCCCCCCAAACUCCUCUGUCCCUCCCUCCCCCCCCUCCCCGUGAUAAAUAAUUACUGAUCCCUAAACAUUUUCCCUUCCAUUCUCUGUUUUUUAGGAAUUUCCAGGUUUUAUGUAUUUCCGUCAGAUGUGGUUCGAGGAUCGUAUCGCUAAGUACAUAACCUCUGACAAUCAAGUGCUGCAACGAGAUUAUAUUUCUCGCCUAUGGUUACCAGACUCCUACUGCUACAACGCGAAAACCUCGGACCUGAUGCUGCCCGACACUGAGGUUCAUAGCGUCAUCAGAAUCGAUCGGAGAGGCUUCAUUAUGUACAGCAGAAGGUAAGUGCACUGUAAAUGAUAAUGAGCGAGAACUUAGUUUCGAAGCGGUUACACACUCAGAAAGGAUCAUUCAUCAAAUAUCUUAGGGGUUCUAUCACUCAGACGAUAUUUAAGUUCAAAUUUAUCUGUAAAAUAAGAAAUAAUUUGUUAAAUGCUUUUAUACGUCAACACGAUGAAAAGCAACAAACACUUAGUCCUCGUAUCAGGGAUCUUUUUUUUUCCUUUUAGUACACACAUUAUCGCUUCAUGUGAAAUGGAUUUGCACGAUUUUCCUAUGGACACACAGCAGUGUAAAUUAUCAUUUGGAAGCUGUGAGUAUUUAUUUUUCUCGAUUUUGUUUGUUGUUGUUUGUUUUUUGGUAGCAUUCAUUCUGUGUUUAGUGGGCAAAUCCUUCGCCCUUACGAAAGGCUAACGCUCGCACGUCAGCCUUAUAAUCUCUUAUGAUGACCAAUUUUAUUUAUUUAUCAAGCCAGUUAACCCUUUAAACUCUAAGAGUGACCAGCAUCUAAUUUCUCCUUACAGUAAUAUGGCUGAAUCAAUCCUUAAGAUCAUGAGAAUAAAGGAAAUGAUCGCCACCCAAAGGAGCUUAGAUUGUUCAACAAAUUCUCCUUGUCAGUACUAAAGGAAACGUAUAUAGAAGAGUAAGGAGAAUGUAGAUACUGAUGUUAGGGUGUAAAGGGUUAAUAAAACCAAAUUAUACAUGAAGAAAUACCGAGGGACAGUUUUCUACUAAAUUAUUCAGUUGACUUUCCGAAAUGUCCACGAAUAGAAGUCGAUCCUCUCGUGUUUUUUUGUUCUUUACUUUUGUUUUUGUUUUUUUUAAUUUUUACCUGUCAUUAGAUGGCCAUACAGACGAUGACAUUCUCUUAAAAUGGAGGAAUCCCACGAUAUCAAUUGCUAACAAAGAGAUGGCACAAUUUUCCGUCGGUGACCCGACGUUGUCCACUGAAGUCAACGAGUUUUCCACCGGUAAGAGUGCGAGAUAAAUAUGAUUAGCACGCAUGUCCAACUGAACCCGCUUGACUGUAACUUACGUCGGCUCGAACACGAGGCGAACUCUCACUGACAAUAAUUAGGUGGUCCAAGGAACUUUCAGAAUUUCAAGGAAUGGUUAAUGAAGUCCCUUCAAUUGAUAUCCUGAGGACAAUGUUGCCUUUGUGGUAAAGACACUGAAUCUAGUACACGAAUUUAGACACAUAUCCUUUAAAUUUCUUCAAAUUCAAUUGGUAAUUUUUUCUGGCGCGAGGAGGCAUUCGAGGUUAAUCCUGAGUGUUUGUUACUUCUGUGAUUUCUUUCAUCUGAGUCAAAACCACUCCUCAUUAGGGGUGGAAAGGGGGCGGUAGGAAGGAAGGGGGGGGGGGAGGGGGGCUCGCUUUUGAGAAAGUCUGUCUCUUUGAUUAGUUAGACACAGGCAUGGUCUGAUCAAACGAUGUGUCGAGAAGUGACUGGCUGCCCUUUCUCAAAACAGUCCUGACUCCUCGUCUUUCAUUUUUCCUAAGGGAACUUCACUGUGUUAACAGUGACAUUUCCAUUCAAGAGACGCAUGGGUUAUUACAUUAUUCAGGUGUACAUCCCUUGUAUAUUUCUGGUCAUGCUCAGUUGGAUCGUGUUCUGGAUGAGGCCUGAUGACAGCGCUAGUAGACUUACUGUGGGUAUCACCACUAUCCUGACCAUCGUGUUUUUGCUCGGCUAUACCAACGGAAUGCUUCCCAAGGUAAGGGAGCAGUCUUUAUUUAUCACUAGGAGUUUGGGGCGAUCAAAAGGACAUUCUUCUGGAAAGAGAUUGGGUUAUGGCAUUUUUGUUUGUGGUGGUAAAUGUGAUUUGACAUCCCCUUGCAUUAUUAUAUACUAUCAAGCCAAACCUUACAAGGAAUGACACGCCUGUCACCUAGUGCUGACGUAUUUUUAAAUCCAUCUGAUGAUGGAUUUACAAAGAUGAGAAUGUUAAGGAGAAGGGGAAUUUCUAAGCAUGCAUAUUGUGGAAUUUAAAUGAAUAAUAGAUACAGACUUUUAUUCGGGCCUGCUUAAAUCGGAAACACAGGGUGUGAAUCUGUCCCGUACAGUGUGCGGUUAGACGGCAACUGUCAUUACUGAGAACAGUUGUUGCUGCAUAAGCACUUCAUUUGUUAUUAAUAAGUAUCAGAUCAUUUCCAAAACAAGAUGUUAAUUAUGGUCCGCCGAUUUCCUUACUGCCAAUGCCUGAAACGAUGUAUCAAAAUAAAUAAUAAAAUUAAUCUUAUUUUAAUUGAAAAAUACUAAUCUCAACACAAUGUACCACGUGAGAGAAAACAGUUGAAAUUUAGCUGCAAUUACACCUAGCCAUUCAUAGAAACUUAUAGAUGUAUGUAGUUCAUACUGGCUGUGUGGAUUAGCGACUUCUGCUACGACAACGUUCCUGUAAUAUUUUUGUCACAGGUCAGCUAUGUCAAAGGAAUGGACUGGUACCUGAUGGUGUGUUUCACGAUCAUUUUUCUGAGUCUGUUGGAAUGCAUUGUCGUGGACAGGUUGUGGAGGGCAAAUGCCAGGAAAAUAGAAGACGAGCAAAAAAACAGAAGGAUGAGGAAUUCUGGGGACAAGGAACCAAGGAAGGUAAAAAAUAAUCGAGGAGGGGGAUUAAACUUUGUUAAUGAAUUCUUAAUUUUUGCUGAGUUUGUGAGGUACUCCAACGUAGUAUACAGUACUGAAAUCUGAUUUGUUAUGCCUCAUAUUACCCCGUAUACUAGCAUGCUACGCCGUUCAUAUUGUGCUAUGAUUAGAUUUUUUUUCCAAUUUCCCACCUGGCAUAGUUCUAAUUGCAUUUUCUCCCGAAUAGAAUUCGGUGAAGGACAAAGGAGGGUUAAACUGCCGUUACGUGUCUGGUGUGCAAAUUCUGAGGCCACGAAAAGCAGAUACUGGCACACAGACAAACAACGAGGGAGGAAAUUGCCUGAAUCACUGGGAAUCAAAUGAACAUAGUGAACUUUUUCAUAUGAUAAGAGAUGAAUACAGGCACUUGAGUCUUGGGGAGAUGCGUCCGCCUUUGCCCGACGAAGCUUGGGUCGAAAUGGAUAAGGAAAACACACAGGCGCAUUACGACACAGUUGUUCGCUGCUUCUUCAACAAAAGAAACUCUCGCCCAAUGGAACUCUCGGCUAAGGUGGACAAAGCAAGCCGCGUCUUAUUUCCUUUGACGUUUUUGCUGUAUAACGUUGCAUAUUGGGUGACUUACUUCCACGGCAUUAAUGUUUUACCCUACAGAAUAUAAAAUACCGGAGUUUAAGUCACAGGUUCAAAUCCUGUCGAAGGAGUUCUGAUUUUUUGCGGGCGUUUUCGACUCAGUUUAUAUUCGCAUACUACAUUAGUAUGAUAAUUACAAUAUUUGGCAAAAUCGUAAUUUUUCUCCCGCACCGAAACCUUCCUUUUUUUUUUUUUUUUUUCGAAAUAGCACUCUUUCUGUCGAUUGAAUGUAAAUCACUUUCGAUGUCGGCAGAAGACUUUUAACCCUUCCGUGGCCGAGAUCUGAAAGCUAAUUAUCUUUACUAGAGAACAUACUCUUUUUUGUAGCCUUUCUUAAGACAAUAUCUGAACAAUUUCCCCCGUAGUUAACAUUUCUCUAAAUUCUCAUUACGUAUCCUCUAUACAAUGUAUUAAAAUUGUAAAUGGAUCAUAUCUACGCAUACUGAUCAUUGGUUUGAGUGAAAGAGUGAAAGCAAGCUGUAAAUAUAAACACAAUAAUAAUGUUAGGAUUUUCUGAACCUCUGAAGUAUAUGCGUGCCUUACGAAAGAAAUAAAGAGUAUGCCAUUUAGGUUAUUCACAAGAGUAAGCAUAAUUUAUUGUGCGUGUAAAUCUUUUAUCUCUCUGUCUAUAUUGAAUUCAAUUCACUGUUCGCCUAUUAUAAUCUUGAUGCUUUGAGCUAAGGCGGAGUAAAGACUCUGCCUCAAUGAUAAUCCUUGUGUCAAGUAUAGUCAAGUAUUUGUUCAAAAAGGCUGAAUGUUUCUAGAUCUCUCUUUCUAACUUAACUAGCCCAAGGUUGCUUUCUUUGUUUCAUUGUUCUCUCAAAAGUUGUUGGAGACCUUUGUUUAUAAAUGUUGUGUAAUUUUACGUUAGACUGAUGUAAUUAUUUCUCCCACGCUAAUUUUUUCUUGGGCCUGUCAAAUUACUGCUAUUUUUUAAAAUAUUUGUAAGUCUUGUGUGUUGCAGUAUUUAGCCUGGCAACUCGAUAAAAUGAGUUAUUCUUCCAUGUUGCCAUUUUAAGUUGACUGAAAAAAUAAAGUAUAUCCUUUCAGUUCAAACAUCAAGCUUGAGUGAAAGUGGUUCGUAUUUUCGUUCAUACAUUUCCCAAGGAAAGUCGGGUGUUCUUGCAGUUUUGUCUAUACCGAGAUAUUGAAAAGUUUUCCAACUCGAAACUUCUCCCAGGAUUAACACUUUUAGGAAGUGUGCGUCUCCGCUCUAAGACCUCCAGGAAUCAUCAUGAUGAGUUCAUAUACGUGUUUUCUGCUUUGUUCAGCGGAACUACAAUGACGCAAACCCGCUUUUGACCUAGAUGGGAUUUCAAACUCUCCCGUUAUUAAAGCAAUGGCAAGAGUGAGAAACCUUUUUUUGUAAGUAUUCCGCCAAGGGAUAGGGUAAUUGAUAGUAUAUGAAUAAGUAGUCUGCUUUAUUCAUUGACUUGCGUCGUAGAAGUUCAUAUUUAUUUAGAACCUCGCGUGACUUGAAGAUCCUUCCAAGUUAUUUAAUGCACGUGCUGCGUGUGCGUUAACGGAAAGCAUGCUGCCACAGCAUGUUCGUAAAAUAAAGGGGAUUAUCUAAAGCUCUCAGCUGACGAUAAUAAAGAGUAACAGGCGCACACAACAAUAAUAUUUAACUACAAUGGAGUGAUACCUAGUUUGCCAAUGGAGCACAGGUGAUAAUGAAGCAAGUAACCUAGGGUUCAAUACAAUGGCUUCCCACCUGACGGCAACCGUUCAGAUGUUUCCCUGUGGCCAAUCACCAUCAAGAAUUUUGAAAACAAUAUAGAAAUUACCUACAGAGCCCCAUGGUGUUACUUAAGAAGCUUUUAAAACACGGAUAUCUGCUCUUGCAAAGACAAAUAUUUUCUAAGUUACCACCAACAAAUUGUUUUUAAUGUUACCAAAUAGCUAUCAAAAAUUAUGUAGCUCUGUUUCGUGAAAUUUAGGUAUGUCAUUACCUUUGUCGCAAAGCCUUGUGUAUAAUUUUACAUUAGCGAGAAAUAAAACAAAUUUGAAGUCUAUUGUUCAAUCGCAAGCUCAAAGUUUAUCACAAACGACUUAGUUAUGCCGCGCUAUCAGGAGCGAACACCUGCUCAGGCGUCCUACGGGAGAGCUCUAAUCUGGAAGAUCGUUUCAUGCAUAAAUCCACGAUACUUCAAACUUCUAGCAGCACUGGAGUGGUAAAUCAAUUCAUUGCAUUGAGUAUUACAAAGACCUUUUAGAGAACUAUCUCUGUGAAGAUCAAUCGGUUUCCCGCGGAGUUGAUACUUUUUUUUUCACCUCUUUGUGGAAUAUUAUUAUUCCAUAUUACCUUACCAAAACUAAGAGUUAUUGGAACGAAGGUGUCUCUAAACUGUAUUUCGUCACUGUUUUAACACGGUAAGUACUUUUAUGGGUGUGUGUGAUAAACAGGUUUUGAGUCAGUUUGUCCGUGGAAAAGUAAAGGUUUGGUUGAGAGCGACAUAAACAAGACGAGCCUACAGCCAUCUCAGAAUAAUUUUUAUUAUAAUACGGAAUAUCGCACUUACUUUCAAACCUCUGGAAUAUGUAAACAGACUCUUCUACGCUGUUUGCUUUACAAACUUUUUUUUCCCACGGUAGCGAUAUUGAAUCUUCGUUUAUUUCCAAUGAUCUGAACUUGAACCAAAAUUUUUGAAGAGUCGAAUUUGCAUUUCAUCAAUUCAUCAAUUCUUUCACUGUACAUAUUUUUCUAGAAAAUUCUUUCAAUUCAACUUCGCGUUUUUAGAAUGACAAAACUACUCAGUAAGAUAUUUUAAGGAAAAUACCUCUGUAAAGGGUAAAAAUGCGCUUGUGUGGCAUACCGGGAUAGUCUUGUGGACGAAGAGAAUAUUUUCAAUUGACAAAAAAGCUGCAAAAAUCAUAACCAUUUGAAACAAAAGCUAGGAAGAAACGACGAGACGUGCUUGAUGUUAAUUAUUAAGCUGGGUUAAUAACUUUGAAAGCAAGCUGAAAAAUAACAUCUAUUUUAUAUUCCAUCACAAAACAUGUCGGCUGACAAGGAACAAUAAUCAAGAUAAAUUAUCAAUUUGAACCGUGAAUCAAGGCUGCAUCGACUCAGGGAAGAACCAUUGGAAAUGAGAAAGAUUAAAUUCUAUCUACAGUGUUGGCAAUGAUAGAGGCUUUCAUUUAGGGUGUUUCCAUGGAAACAAAUCAAAGUACUCAGUACAAAGUUGAUUAGGACAAAAAAAAAAACGAUGAGAGCUGACGAAAGUAACUCUACAAGUGAACGACUAAAGGUGCGGGAAAGCGUGAGUGACCAAGUCAUCUGUUUGGCUGGGACGGGGUGAUGCGUAUACGUACUUUCCACAACCAAUUAUCGAGAAUAGGAACGCAAUACCAAGGCAGUCUCAUGGACAACUUUCCACACCCAGCUUUGAAUUACUCGAAUAAUCAAUAUCUUUGGAAAGAUUUCCCUUUCCUCUCAUUUUUUUGUAGCAAGAGGCUGUACUCUUCUCAAACCGCUGGAACCAUUUGCAUACAUAUGGCCGGCAAGAUAUUAGGAGACCUAGAUUGAGAACACUCUCUGACUUUAUUGUUCCUUACUCUUAUAUAAACAAAAAGGUUGUUGGCGGACCCUUGCUGGGAUGGCGUUGCUCAUUUUGAUUGUGUAUCAAGCAUUCCUUCUUACUGUAACCAGGUAACGUCUUAUUUAAAAUUUUUCCUCAAGUCUAAACUGCUAGUCUUAACAUCUAUAGAAUAAUCAAUUUAAAUGAUAAUUAACAAAAGUCAACCUUAGUGUUGAAAAACUAAAAUUUUGCCUUCACUACACAACCGAACACACUCAAAGGUUGAGGCAUGGGCGCGUUGGUCAGCUAGGCCCAAGAUAUAUUUUAAUUGUGACAAUGGGUUUACAACAAAGUGGAUAAGAGAUACAUCAAGUAACGUCCUACAUGCGCCAAAGCCGGACACGUAAACCCCAAAAACCUCUUGUUAGGAAAAUAGGGACCGUGUACCCCCGACCAACUGCAGUGGCGCCACCUUUGGGGUUUUAAGGUUGAUCUAUAAACAAUGAAGAGAAUGAAGAAAACAAAUCAUAUCAGGCUAAUUACACAAUAAAAAUAAACCUAAUGGGAAAGUGCUAGUGGCAAGGCUGACCGUAGAAUGCCACAAGUUUCUCAACGGUCUCUUCUUACAAACAUACUACCCAUGAGCUUUCGCGUACUACGCUCGCACCCAGUUCUCUGUUCCGUGUCGGCAAAAUAUUAAUUUGUGUCAAUACCGAUUAUCACAAAUUACAUUACUGAUUCUUGCACCAAAACGUUACAUCUAAUAACUGAAUUCUUAAGUAAAUGAUAACUCUUGAAUAUGAUCAAUCCAAAUCAAUACUGGCCAAUAUUUAUGUUGUGUUGGUAUCUGGUUAAUUUGCUUGUCUCCUAUGAUGGUUUCAAAGAAGAAGGAAUCUUGUGUAGUUCAUAAAUUAAAGUUACUCAUGAGGUCCUUGACAAGAAUCAUGGUCGAGACGGCACGCAGGUAGUGCACACAAGGACUUUCUUUGUUUAAUUUCCAGCUUGAUAUAAUAUUUGAUAUUGUAAUUAUCUGUGACCACUCGCUUACUUGCUCUCGUAAUUUCAGUGCGGAUUCAUCACUCCAAGUGCUUAAAGAACAUUUGACCAACUCCGGUUACGACAGAGGAUCACAUCCCAACGAUGGAGGUAUGACCUGUAGUUUAAAAAUGACCAUCAGUUGGUCAGAUAAUCGAUUAUUGAUGGAAAAUCAAUGCUUAAUUUUGUAACUUUCAUUUCCCUUGUGUGUGAAACGCCUUGAAAAUGAUCCAUACCCAGUACACAUCGAUACCAAAUCCUGCCUGACCCAUUCGCACCCACAUUGAGUGUCGUUAAACUUCUCCCAACGCUAUCACUAAGACCAAUCAUAACAAAGGAACUGAGAGCAAAAAUAAAAAAAACAGCCAAUUGAAAUCGUAGGGAAAAUAUUUGCCAAAAUUAACAAUUCAUAUACCCGAAAUUAACCAUUUCGUUUGUGGCGCUUUUUUAGUUAAUUACACGUUGAUAUUGGUGGAUCUUUAUGUGGAAUCGUUUGGGAAAAUAGAAGAGGUCAACAUGGUAGGAUAUUUUCAACUAUUAUUACUGUUUGCAGUCAAACAUUUUCUGCAAUUAAAAUUAGGGAAGGCAUUAUCUUAAACUGCAAGUUACAAAGCAGCUCAUGCUUAACAGACAGUAGGGUGGAAAAAUAAAUCCAGCGAUUUAAUCUCAGUCGAUGGCAUGAAUUUAAGAAUCAAAUCAAGGAAUAAUUUUCAGUUUCGUUUCCUGGAUUCUUGAGACAAAUACAAGGUUAUUCAGUGUAAUUUAGUGAAUGUCACAGGUAUACUCGAAAAAAAAGAAAGAGAACUCCGUGCGCACGCAAUAGCUCCGUUAAGUACUUCAAAUGCUCUACCACUGUGCUAUAGGAGACUUGUGGUAGGAUAAGUCGUAAAGAUUUCUCUUAUCCCGUACAGGAACUAGAUGCGUACAUGUACUUUCGUCAGGAAUGGUACGACCCUCGAUUAGCAAACGUCGUGAACAAAACUGUGCAUCUGGCUAGAGAUGACAUCAACUUAAUAUGGAGGCCUGAUACUUUUUCAUAUAAUUCUCGCGCAACAGAUCUGGAUAAAGAAGACAAAAGCUUGCAUUCCUCUAUGAAUGUGGAACCCUCUGGGCGCGUAUUCUACUCAAGAAAGUAAGUUUGCUGUUCACAAGAAUAUCAUUUGCUUGCAGAUGAAACUUCUACGGCUACCACCCGCUAAUUCGACUUAAAUAUGAAUUCUUCAUUAAUAUCAAAUGAAGACUGAAAGUCACUUGGGAAAGGCAACGGUUAAGUGUCAGACUCAGAACCAAGAGAUCCUGAGAGAUAUUACUUCUUUAAUUUUCCCUAAAGGGUAUGUGUCGCCCGACAGGGUUUGAUACUCGGGGUCUUGGGUCUAAAACGAGGCAGAUUAGUCCUCAGUAUAGAGUGUGAGCGUUGGCGAUUCAUGUGCUGCAUCUGUGGUAUCAACUUUAUGGCAAGUUUAUCCUUCUAACUCCCAGUAGUGAUUAACAUUUAACUUCUCCCUAUUAAAUACACACAUUAUCCAACAAAAGGGUAAUAAGUUUACUCCAACUUAUCGGGUAAAAUUUUUCAACUUGAUCCAGCACCAAAUUCUCAUAACUUAUUUACGAUGAAAUGUGCAGCAGCCAGAAGUGAAAUUCGAAGUGGUUUCCCUUAUGGUCCCCAUGAAAGUUUUUGGGACUAAUUUUAUCCCAAAAUUGUCUAAUAAAAAACUUGAUCUUGACUGAAUCUCAAGUGUUCUAUUAUAGUUUUAUAUUGUUUAUCUUUAGUACUCACUUAGUGUCCGCCUGUAAUAUGGAUCUUCGCAACUUUCCAAUCGACACACAGAACUGUUCGCUCACAUUUGGGAGCUGUAAGUAUAUAGUGGGAGAUGUUACAUGCAUAUUGACAAUAAUUUUCACCAUUUACUCUCUUCUUGAAUCCAUUAAAGGAAAAAAAAGGAAAAAAAAAUCAUUCUUAGCUUAAAUACCGUUACAUGCACUCAUUUCUUUAAAAUCUUGGAUGCCUGAAACUGAAAGUUUCUGAGUGCAUGUCAAGCGACUUUUAUAUAGUAGAGCAGGGUGCAGUGGUGGAUAAGUAAAUCAAGGAGAAGGCAAAUAAACGAUCAAAUUAGUUGAAAAAGUGUGAGCGUAUGAACCACAAUCAAGGCGGUGUUCAACAACGCAAAGUCAGAAAAUAAAGUGCGAAGCGCGUCAGGAGGAAAUAAGGUCUGAUGAAAAGGGCAGCGGGAAUUAAAUUAGUACACUGAUGAAAACAUUGCGAUCUGUAUGUAUGGCAAUCGAUGUACACUACAGUUGUAGCCUCAUUGCAACUUAGCUGCUGAAGUGUUUUAUACAGAGUAAGAUGCAGCGUUUCAAUUGAGGGUUUUCUCAUAGUUUUCCAAAUAGUCCGUAACUAGGUACUGGUCAUGGUACAUUUGAUUAAUCAUUGUUUAGGCAGACGAAGAAUGUUCAAUCCUCCUUAAUACACAUUGUGCUGUAUUUGUCUCAGACGGAUUUUCUACGCGCGAUGUUGAUUACAUGUGGAAACGAGACCUUAUCACUGUCGAACAAACUACGAUGGCGCAGUUUUCAAUCAUAUCUGCAAAACCCUCACGCCGAGUUGGAGUAUACAUCGGAGGUAAAUUAUUUAUGACAAGAUUUAGCAAGAUUUAGAAAGCUUCCGCGCCCUGAAAGACGAACUGUAAUUAAGUUACUAAACUAAUUUUGACAAGUAGCUUUCAAGGUUAUAAGUCUUUGUGUGGUUAUUUAAGGAAACAUACGGUAUAUUUACAGGUAAUUCUCUUGUGAUAGUAGAUGGCCUGUCGAAAGUUUUCUUUCGUAUCCAUUUUCAGUUUUGUUGCAACAGAUUUCAUUUAGAUCAUCACUGCAGAGCUAUAUCAUAUGAAUGAGAACAGGAAAAAGUUUAGGCGACAAAGAGUUGUUAAAUUGAAGUUGAGUCUUCUACAAAACUAACGUGGUCGUCCUCACCUAGUGUAAUGCAACUACAUAUGCAAUGAUGACAAAUUUUCUUGGCUAUCGUACACAGGUAACUAUACCAUCGUAGGAGCAUUCUUCUUGCUGCAAAGGCGUCUGGGAUAUUACAUGAUCCAGCUGUACCUUCCAUGCAUCUUCCUCGUUAUGCUGAGCUGGAUCGUGUUCUGGAUGAGUCCUGAUAAUGGAGGUGACAGGCUCACUGUCGGCAUCACUUGCAUUCUCACAAUUGUUUUCUUAUUGGGUUACAUUAACGGCAUGUUGCCUAAGGUUAGAGAACUCUCAUGACUAAAACAUGACAUGCAUUUAACAGACGGUGGUAUACAGGGAUUCGCGAAAAUUCGUUAUGCUUUUAGGCUGUCAACAGUCAAGAAAACCAUCAUAAGAAAGACACGUUUUCUUUUUCCAAAAAUAAUUAUAAAAAUUUCGCUCUCUGCAAAAAUUAGACGUACGCCGUAUAAAUAUUGGCCGUACGUAUUUAAAAUUAAUUUAUGCAUUUUUGCCCUUGUUGACAACCAAGGCUCGUUGCAAACCCUUCUGCUAUUUACUAGUGAGGAAUUCUAUAUCGUAGCGUUACCAAAAAUGCAACACCCGUGCCUCUCACACCCCAAAAUACUUAUAUCUGUGGAUAACACUUCACAAUAUGUAAUCAAAGUGUAUCUCUGGCUCAGUGUCACGUUUGCGUAACUCACGCCAAACAAAAUAAAAAAAAAAAACAAGAAAAUUGGAUACAAUAUGAUACCCGAUACAUGUAACUCCAUUGCAGGUGAGCUAUGUGAAAGGGGUGGACUGGUUUCUAAUGACGUCAUUCCUUUUUAUCUUUCUGUCCCUGGUUGAGUGUGUACUGGUAGAGAGACUCGCAAAUGAGAAGCAAAAUGAAGAAAACAAGGAGGAAGGAAUACACAACGAAGGACUGGUAAUGAGGUUUCCACUUUUUUUUCAAUGGUGAAAUUAUCUUCUUUUGACCUAGAGAGACUAAACAGCCUCCCUCCUUAAAAAGAUAUUGCAGGGACAGUGCGUGGGAUAUUUAGAUUGAGAUUAAUAUCAGUAUCUGAGAAACUGCGCACUUACCCCUCCCCAAGUCCAACAACAGUCAACUGAUAGCAAGUUAAAGUUAAUGUUAGGCCAGGGGAAGGGUAGAUACUGACAUUGAUCCGAGGUUUCGAUCCCCGUAUGGUCGUGACAGUGAAUCAAAUCGAAAAGAUAAUUUUUUUGAAUGAUUUUGUAGAACACUUCUCGAUUAUCCUUGAGCAAACUGGACCUACGUCAUCGCAGGAGCUCCAAAACUUUGAACAUAUCAGGUGAUUCCGUCAAGUCCCCAGCUAAGGGAAGAGUUCAUGUCCUACCAGUGACGGCCACAGCCCCUCAUAACGACACUGGCCCGAAUGACGAGACACCAGAGCUAUCGCAGAAGAAUGGCAGUUUCUUACAGUGUCUUGAAGGAAACCCAAAGUCACCCAGAACUAAAUGUGGGAUGAAAAAAAGAACUCUCCCAGAAAAAAUUGAUUUUGCGUGUCGACUUCUGUUUCCUCUUUCAUAUGCCCUGUACAAUUUGGGCUACUGGUAUGUUUAUUUGCAGGGCAUUGAUAUAAUAACAUAA